AUGGAUGACAGUGUUCUCAAGGUGUUGGAGGCCCAGGAGGCCUCCGCAGAACAGCAGGAGUUCAACAGCCUUUCCAAGGAGGCGAAGCUCGACCGUCUCAAUAAUCUCAUUCAAAAAUCUCAGAUAUUCUCCAACAUUAUUGCCGAUACCAUUUUGCAGUCGAGUUUAAAGUCCAAAGAGUCUACCCCAGAAAACCCUCAACAACCCACUCCCGAUGUGUCCCCUCCUCCUAAACUGAAGAAAAGAAGCCGUCUGACUAAGCAGAAAGCUGAGAAGAAGGCCAAGACCGAUAUCGCGUCCAUGCUUGGGGCUAAGCCAAUUAAGCAAACCACUAAAGAUACCCGGCGCGAGAUCGAAAUGGCUCAGGAAGGCGAGAAACACACCGAACAACCGGCGUUGCUUUCGGGCGGUACACUCAAAAACUACCAGCUUGACGGGCUUCGAUGGCUUAUCACUUUGUAUGAAAACGGGCUUAAUGGCAUAUUAGCUGACGAAAUGGGGCUUGGUAAAACUAUCCAGUGUAUAGCACUCCUAUCUCAUUUGAUUGAGAAUAACAUCACGGGCCCGUUCUUAGUGGUGGUGCCGUUGACGACACGUUCUAACUGGGCCAACGAGUUCAAGAAGUUUGCUCCCAAAGUCAAAGUUGCUGUCUAUGGAGGUUUGAAAGACGAGCGCAAACUGUUGGAUUUGCGGAAAUGGGGACGCACGAAGAAUGUCGUUCUCUGUUCCUACGAAAUGAUCAUUAAGGACUUGACUAAAUUCGCCGACGUCUCGUGGAAAUAUAUGAUUGUCGACGAAGGUCACCGUCUUAAGAACCGCGAGUCUGCGUUAAUCAGAUGUUUGAAACAAUUACCCACCGCCAACAGACUUAUCAUCACUGGUACCCCCUUACAAAACAAUUUGAACGAGUUGUGGUCUUUACUUAAUUUUAUUCUUCCUGAUAUCUUCAGUGAUCUCAAUUUGUUCCAACAAUGGUUCAAUUUCGAGGAGCUUACCAGUUUCGAAAAGGACGAAGACGACGCUGAAACGAAACAGCUCAUUAAAGUCGAAAUCCAAGAAAACUUAAUCAAAAACUUGCAUACCAUUCUCAAACCCUUUCUUUUACGCCGGGUUAAGCGUGAGGUCAUUAAGGAUUUACCUCCCAAGAAGGAAUACAUCAUCCAUAUUCCUCUUAGUCCGGUUCAAGAAAAGUUGUACUAUGACUGCAUGAACAAGAAAUUGGACACUCUGUUGGUUGAGAUGAUGACGAGACAGUUCUUCCGCCACAAUCGUGAUGACUUCGAUGUGUGUGUUGAACUUAUUGAAAAGGAGCUUCGGGGCACCAAGAAAGAAGCACUCUCUAAAGAAUCUCGCCGAUCCAAAAGAGUGACGUAUGCCGAGGCCGAAUCUGAUGAUGAGUUUGUUGUUGACGCGGAUGAACUCGACGAAAGUCUACUGAAAAUCCCCAAUGCUUUCGACGAGGAUUUGUGGAACUUCUCUAAUCGGAUCAGCCCACUUCCAUAUGAGGAGCAGGUACCCGAAGUCAUCAGUCGAUUUCAACAGAUUGUACGUCAGUUACAUCUCAGUUUCCGUAUGAUGCAAUUACGGAGCAUCUGUAACUCACCGUACAUGUACUUUGACCCCAUCGCUACUCCUCCACCAGACCAUCCAGACAACGCGGAGGCCAAUUCCAAGUUUGUGGCGGCAUUGUUACAGAACUCGGCUAAAUUUCAAGCGCUUGAACAACUUGAUAAAGCUUUGGCCGCUAAGAAGCAUAAAUACCUUGUGUUCUCACAAUUCACCCGAACGCUUGACCUUUUGGAAGAUUACUAUACUUCUCACGGCGUGGAGGUGUGUCGUAUUGAUGGUAACAUGGGUCAGGAGGAACGUGAUGAACAUAUUGCAAACUUUUACGAAAAUAGCAAUGCGCGAGUUUUCCUUUUAUCGACAAGACUGGGUGGGUUAGGGAUCAACUUGAUCCCCGCAGACACUGUCGUCUUGUUCGACUCUGACUGGAACCCGCAAAUGGACUUGCAAGCCAUCGACAGAGUCCACCGCAUUGGUCAAACCAAACCAGUGAAGAUUUUCAGAUUUGUCACGCGGGACACCAUCGAAGAGCUCAUGUUGACUCGUCUGGCGCUGAAACGAUUCCUCGAGAGGCUUGUCAUUCAGAUGGGUCAAUUUAAAUUCAGUCAACUUAAGAAGGUGAUGGGAGGCGCUGAACUUAACGAUACCAGUCAAGUUAACGUUACUCAGUUACUUGAGAUGUCUAGAAUCACUUUUGGACGCGAGUCAUCUAGCAUCGCCCGCGAGGGUUAUCCCGAAGAAGAAGGGAAGAGAUUCAAGUUUCUGUCAAACACAAUUGAGGAGUUCCUUGAUCGUAGUCCUGAGUGCUACACUCUGAUGGAAGACGGGGAAGAGUUUACUGUCUACGAGACAAUUAAUAACAUGGAUUCGUGA